GCGGCAUCGUCUUACUCAGACGACUACUCAGACGACGACUCUCACCUUAUUGUUGAAAUCAAAUCGGUUGUCAAUUCGUGUCUGUGUAAAGUGGUCGCCACGAUGGCUCCAAAUUUGGAGGGACCGGUAAUGUCUGCCAACGCCGGAAACAUUCCUACCGUCACUCCAUUGGCAUAUACUGCUUCCGGUCGUGCAACUACAAAUGUCCUUUUAGUCAAGGAUUAUGUCGGCAAAACCCGUCCAUCUGUAUACAGUCUGCCGGGCCUGAACCAUGUGUAUGGCAAAAGAGUUGAGAGAGACCCCAAUGAGUCCACUGCUACAGUUCUUCAGCACUGGCAUGUUCGUGCCCUUUCCAAAGACUCAGCGCCAGCUCUGGACUACAUUGCGAUGAAUCGCAACAGCGCCAAGCAAGGUAUAAUCAACCCCAAAGCCAUUCGGACCUAUCGGAAGCUUCAUCCGGUCCAUGUCGGCACGGAGGAGCAUCAUCUAGGCGGUCUCAAGACUAUGAACGGCGGGAACGCUUUGUACAGGAAGGCUCCCUUACCUAGUGACCACGAUCAGUGGUUUACAUAUGGAAAGCCCACCAGACCGUCAACCCCCGUCGCGGCUCUGAUGACCGACAAGUAUCAACGAGAAUGGUUGGAACAGCAGGAGGCAAACGAGAAAACGAGUCUUCCCAAGGUAAAAGCCAAGAAGAAGAAGCAGGUUAACUCUGUUCAACAGCGGUCUCAAAAGGCUGCCCCUCUCACAACACUCUCCAUCGCGGAGCGCGAUCCUUGGAGUCUUUGGAAAAUGAGUCGUUUCCAAAAAGUGCCUGCUGAUAUUAACAGCUGGAGGUCAAAGGACGAUCCUGCGAUGAACUUUGAACCACACCCCAAGCCUGUAUUCCGCGUGGUCAACGACAAAUGGCUCGGCGUUCAGCCUCGUGAACUCACCCGUCCAAUCUAUAUGCAAGACGAUCUGGAGGCACAGGCCGCCGCCGUUGCUGCACAGCCGUACAAGCCUAAAAGCGGUGGAAAAAAGAAGGCCAAAUCAACAGGAAAAGAAGUCCGCUUCGCCAUUCGUGACUGGAAAGAUUCGGAGGGGAACGUAGCCGUGUCAGCAACUGUUUCACCCUCUGUGGAGAUUCCUUCUGGAGCCGUCAAAGAAUCAAACAUCACGACAACAGAAGUGCAAACCAGUCCAGCGUCGGUCACGACCAAAAAAACCGAAGUUCAAAAGACUUUGACUGGAGCGUCCUUCAAAUCUGAAGUGUCUCACACCUACCCCACCGCGGAAACGUCAACGAUUCAGUCUACAGAACAGAAGAACGGUGAGGUGCCAAAGACGGUUGUCACCGAGGUCGCAAAAGAUCCCGCGACCGGACUUCAGUUCGCUGAGACCUAUGUGCCUGGCACGGCACCUGGUCCUGACGGCAAGCCCGCGGUUGUAACCUCGGGUAUUGUGAAGAAAGAAGACAUGAAGGAGCUUCCUGCUCUUCCCCAAAGGACGGGACAAUAUGCUGCUGUAGAGGGAACGAUCAAAGUUUAGUCGCCAAGAUACAUAUUAGUGCCCAAGGGGCAUAGCCUGAGAUAGUCGUUUCCUGCCCUUUCUGUAUAACUCGUUUGGUUUGCCAAUAAAUAGCUGAUUUUAUCCUA